AUGGUCCGCCUAUUAACGCACAAUCUCCUCGCGUGCCAUGUCAAAGGCUGCACAUCAAACAACUUUCCACUCCAAUUCCAAAAUGCCCAGAUCGAGCUUAGAGAAGCCGAUUUCAACGCUGAUUUCCUCAAAAAUUUCUUACCGAAACUCGAGUGGAAGGCCCUGCUGGGGGAUACUUCAUUGCCGUUAGAACAGCCUGAAAUGUUAGACGAUGAAUUCUUGAAAAAUUUACACCAUGUAUUGCUUGAGAUUCAUGUCGAGGAAGGGAGCAUGACCUGCCCAAAUUGCAAGCACAGUUACCCCAUCUCGAACGGUAUACCAAACAUGCUUUUGGCCGAACAUGAGAUUGGUUAA